AACAAUCGUUCAUCUUUUUUAUAGGCCAUUCACAUGCAACACUUUUGUGAUAAUCUUUCAACACCCGGUUGCAAGAAAAUUCGCCGGAACAUCUUUGGAAAUUGCUUGUACUGUGCAUGCAGAACUUCAUCUCAAAUAACUAGCGAAGGUGUUCGAGAAUUCGUAUGCAAAACGUGUAAAAUUAACGAAGGUAUUUUUACAUAUAAAUGUGACAAUUGCAAAUGCUGGAAUAAAGGAUCGAGGAAACCAACGUUACAUCCUGUUACUGAUAUACCAAUUUGUUGGAAGUGUUACUUAUACUUCAAAGAGUACAGGAAAAAUCGUCCAUCGGAGAUUUUGAAGCUGAUAAUGAAAAAGCCAGCUACCAUGCCUCCUGUACAAAACAAACUGCCAAGCACUCCUCCAGAACAUGUUUGUGAAAAAUGCUCGCAUUGUACUGCAAUUAUAUGCAGUCAUUGUUACCCCUACAACUCGUAUUCGCAUCCAAAAACUACGAAGCUUGUCUGCAGAAACUGUCAUCUGUAUUUUCAUCACUACAAGACUGACCGUCCAGUUAAGCUUGAAAUGAAACGGAAGUCACGAAAGAACAAAAAACAUAAUUUUGAGGAAAAGCAACCAAAUCAAAGUAUUCAAUCAACCAGUCAUCAUUAUAACCCGGUUGUGACCGAAAACACUAAAAAUUAUAUCCAAUUCGACACAGUGUUUGAGAAUCUGGACACGUUUCACCCGUUUGACAGCAAUAUUAAUCCAAGAAAUGACUACUGGGAUCAGCAGUAUCACCAAGCUUCACCAUCAUCACUGCAGCCAACAUUUUUCAUUGGUGGCUAUAGUCAAGAUUAUUAUCAAAAUGGAUAUUCACACCAAAUGCCUACCACGUUUGAAGAUUACUAUUCUUAUCCCCAAAAUGUUCCAGUUUAUGAUUCCCGCAAUCCGAAUCAUUUUUAUGGGUACUGAUGUAGUUUUUUUUAAAUUUCUGCAGUGUUAGGAAAGUUGUGAUGAUGGUCUCCAGUAUUUUUCUAUUUGCAUUCCACUUUUUAGAAAAAUUGUUCCACAAAAGUUGUUAACAAAUUAUUGAAUGUGUAGUUGUAACAGCGCAUUCUGAAAAUCUCCCCGUAGAAAAUUAGAGACAGUUCUAUAAUUAUAAUAUUUCUGAAUAAAUUGCAUCUUCAAACGAGUUGCUUGGAAAUACUCAAUGGUGAAUAAGUAUGUUAACAAUGAAGUGAUCCGACUUUUCUGAAAAAAAAAGCAAAAAAUAAGUAUGGGAAUUUGGUUAGGAGCUUACUAUUGGUAUUCAAUAGUUUAUCAUUAGUUUAAAACUUUCGUUUUGUUCAUCACUUUAUGCAACUGCUAUUUUUAUUUUUAAGCUAAAAAAUGUAAUGGCUGAAUUUUGUAGUCACACCUAUUACUAUGCUUUGAAAUUUUCUCCAUGAUAUGAUAAAAAACAUGUAUAAGCGGAACAUCACAAACGUUUUCCGUGUAUUCAAUUUGCGUUUGUUCAAUUUGAACUGAGUUCAAAAAUUAAUAUCAUAUAUUUAUAGGCCGUGUUCUGUUCUUGAAGAACCUGUGAGCACCUUUAUGACAAUUAGUUAAAUGAAAUUAUGGGUUUUAGUCAAUGUACUUGAAACUAAUAAACGUUGAUUCCAUACAAACUUUUGAUUAAGAUUUUCCUCAGGUUGUCUAAAUACUUCUUCUUAACGUAAAUAAAAAACUCACAACUUCAAUUUUCAAUGUUUCAAAUAUACACUUUUAUUGUAAUAAUAUACAUAAGUUGAAUAAUACAACUAGGAGAAUGAAUUUUU